AUGGCCGCACCGGACUCGGCUCCCGGCCCCGUGCAGAUGCUUCAGGAGGAAGCCCUGUGCGCCAUCUGCCUGGAUUACCUCAGCGACCCCGUGUCCAUAGGCUGCGGGCACAACUUCUGCCGCGCAUGCGUGACCCGGCUGUGGGGUGAGGAGCGCGAUGACGAGUGGGAGGACUCGGAGUCGGAGGACGAUUCGGAGUCCGAGUUGGAGGGGGAAGAGGAUGAGGGGGACUCGGAGGAGGAGGAAGUGGUGUUCUACCUGGGGGAUUCUCGAGAAGGCGCUCUCCAGAACCAGGCCGGUGCCGGGGCGCAGGUCGGCGGGAACGAGGGCGACGCCGGCCCGGCUGCUGCAGACAGACACCAGCCUGGAGGCCCCAGCAGUGACGGCAGCGGCGGUGGCGGCGACGCCCCGGGACGCGACCUGAGAAUCACCAUCUAUCCUGAAGAGUUCAUGGAUGCCUUGGACGCUAUGGAGUACGAGGAGGAAUACCUGAGCUCUGACAGCGACCUGUCUUCUUCCCCGCCUUCUGCUCGCAAGUUCACCUGUCCCCAGUGCCAGCAGACCUUCACGCGCCGCAACCUCCGUCCUAACCUGCAGCUAGGCAACAUGGUGCAGAUAAUCCGCCAGAUGUGCCCUGGCGAUCAUCUCGUCCACAGGGGGAGAGAGCAGGAGAUGUGUUCCAGACACCAGGAAGCCAUGAAGCUCUUCUUCGAGGCAUUUAGAGAGCCCUCCUGCACCAUGUGCCGAGCAAACAGUAACUGCCAGAGGGGCGCAGGUGGCAAAGGCGGUGCGGAAGAAAACAGCCAGUGA